GAUGAAGAAGAUGCUGAUAAAGGUGAAGACGAAGAAGAAAAGCCUAAAACAAAGACAAUGAAGGAAACAACUUAUGAGUGGGAACUUUUAAAUGAUGUGAAGGCUGUAUGGCUGCGGAGUCCAAAGGAGGUUACAGAGGAAGAGUAUACCAAAUUCUACAACUCUCUUGCCAAGGAUUUUAGCGGCGACAAACCUUUAUCAUGGAGCCACUUUACUGCUGAAGGUGAAGACGAAGAAGAAAAGCCUAAAACAAAGACAAUGAAGGAAACAACUUAUGAGUGGGAACUUUUAAAUGAUGUGAAGGCUGUAUGGCUGCGGAGUCCAAAGGAGGUUACAGAGGAAGAGUAUACCAAAUUCUACAACUCUCUUGCCAAGGAUUUUAGCGGCGACAAACCUUUAUCAUGGAGCCACUUUACUGCUGAAGGUGAUGUCGAGUUCAAAGCAGUCCUUUAUGCGUCACCAAAAGCACCUCAGGACUUGUACGAAAGUUAUCACAAUUCAAACAAAUCAAACUUGAAGUUGUAUGUUAGACGAGUGUUCAUUUCAGAUGAAUUUGAUGAAUUGUUGCCUAAGUAUCUGAGCUUUUUGAUUGGUCUUGUUGAUUCAGACACUUUGCCAUUGAAUGUAUCACGAGAAAUGCUUCAACAACACAGUAGUCUGAGGACAAUAAAAAAGGAAACUUAUUAGGAAAGCUCUUGAUAUGAUCCGUAAGCUUGCUGAAGAGGAUCCUGAUGAGUCCACUGACAAAGAAAAGAAAGGAGAGUCGUCUUCUGAAAUUGAUGAGAAGAGAGGUCAAUACACUAAGUUCUGGAAUGAAUUUGGAAAAUCCAUUAAACUUGGUAUCAUGGAGGAUGCCACC